AGUUGAAAGCUCCAUCCAAAAGCAUCUUGUUCCCAAAAAGUUUCGUUGUGCCCGAUUUUCUGGACCAUCGUCUUUCAGCGGGGCCUUAUCCUGUCGACAAUUAGCCUUUGUCCCAAUCCAGUCACUACCUUGUCAUCUGUUAGAAUCCCGAAGGUAUAUAUAUCAUGUGCUACAAUUCUGAGCGCCCCCCGCGCUUUUUAUGGACGCUACGUCCCCUCCACGAUACCGAAGGUACUCUAGGUCAGGUCCGGCACCUGCACCCAGCACCGAUCUCCCUCCUUAUUCUCGUCAUAACACUCCGCCCGGGGGUCGACAUACGCCUCGCGAACCGACAGAACAUGUCUUCCAGAUAAUGAGCAACAAAGACAGGGCUUGGGCGACUCUGAAAGUCUUUAGCAGUGCUAAAUCUGCCAAGUCGUUACCAACAUUCUAUGAAAAAGAAUCUAUAAACGGCAUAGUCGAACUUGAAGUCGAGCGAGGAGAUUCCAUACAGGCUAUAAAUGCAACAGUGACGGGUCGAGUUAUAACUGGUGCUGGAAUGGACGACGUAUGUUCUUUUCUAAACGUGACCAUUCCAGUCUGGGCAAAGACCGGAAGCAGUCGUUCACCCUCCCCGGCGUUUGAAAACAAUAAGCUCUGUGGCCGACAUACAUUCCCGUUCUCUAUUGUUCUUCCUCGGACUGUUUCUUUGACCGUUCGGGAGCCAAAGACCUUUCGUCUACCGGAAACUUUUCUCGAACGCCACACGCCCGCCACUGUACAGUACGAUCUUAUAGUCACGAUAUCUCGAAGCAAGAUGCGUUCGGAUAGCCAUAUUAAGACGGCUUUCGGAUAUGUGCCAAGUUCACGACCAGAUACUCCAUCCAUUCUUCGGCAAGCUUCGUACGCCGAAAACUUACCUCUCAUGGGUCCUGAUUCUGACCCCGAGGGGUGGAGAACCCAUGAUCCGGUUGUAAUUCGAGGCGUUAUGUUCAAAACCCGUCCAGUUCAAGUUGAAUGUACGAUUUCUUUGUCCAAACCUCUAUCUUAUACCCGCGGCAGUGUGAUACCCUGUAUGAUGAAGUUGGAAGGAGCUGACGAGUCUGCUCUGGAUGUGCUUUCGGAACCCAGUUCUAUAGCUGUGUCCCUUCGAAGACGAGUGAGAUAUUCCUGUAAGGGAUUGUCGAGCAAGCAGAAAGAGCAAUUUGAAGAUGUCGGUAUUGCUGUAUGGUGGCCUACCGCCGGCAGCUCCUCCCACCGCCGCUACCUAGAGGGAGAAAUCCGACUGGCGAAGGACUUAAAAGCAUCUUCAGACGUGGGACACUUCUCCAUAUCUUACCAUGUUGUUCUUAAUCCAUUUGACGUAGCUGGAUAUACACAUCUCGAACCUGAGGCACUCAUUAUGGACUCUGUUAGCAUCAUGACAAUGCAUGCCAAAGGUCCCCGCCCCCAAGCUUAUGCUCCUCCCGCUUAUGACCCCAUAACACGCGAAGUGAACGACACCUUCUCAGCCAUGCGCCAGAUGACCCUCGCUACCCCCGUCAUCGGCUAGGCAUUAUGACCUCCGUUAUGAUUUCAUGGACAUGUCGCUGGGCCGACCUAAACAUAGUGAUGCAUGCAUUACCAUUCCUAUCCACACAAUCGCUUUUAUGUUAAACCAUGUACGUUGUAGUCAUUCGCAUUCUUACAUUAUUACUACGUGUACGAUCUUGUAGCUUUGCAAUAUGCUUUCCUAGUCCAAACACGUUCUGAUUCA